GAUCUCAACCUUUCAAAAAUCAUCAUACCAUCAUCAUCAUCAUCAUCAUCAUCAUCUCUCUUUUAUUUUCAAAAAAUAUAAAAAAUACAUAUUUCUAUUUUCUUUCUUUCUCCUCCGAAAAAAGAAAUAGAAGAAAAAAUAAACAGCAUUUUCAAUUCACCCUAGAUUUUCUCUUCUUCUCAGGAAAACGCAAUGGCUUUCGCUUCUUUUCUCGGAAGAGUUCUCUUCGCUUCCAUUUUCAUUCUCUCUGCUUAUCAAGAAUAUAACGAAUUUGGAGUGGAUGGAGGACCUUCUGCGAAAGCACUUAAACCGAAGUUUGAUACCUUUGCACAUCGAAUCCAUUCUCAAGUUGGCUUUCAAAUUCCAGAGAUUGAUAUGAAACUUUUAAUUACCGGGGCUAUUGCUCUGAAGGGUCUUGGAGGAGUUCUGUUCAUCUUCGGAAGCUCUUUCGGAGCGUUGCUUCUGCUUCUGCAUCAGUUGAUUGCUACUCCAAUUCGUUAUGAUUUUUACAAUUACGACAGUGAGGACAAGGAAUUCACUCAGCUUUUCGUCAAAUUCACACAGAACAUGGCUCUCUUUGGAGCUCUGUUGUUUUUCAUCGGGAUGAAAAACUCCAUUCCUAGAAGGCAACCAAAGAAGGCUCCGAAAACAAAGACCUAUUAGACGCUGCAUUGGAGGAUGCUUCUUCAAAGAAUGUCUUGGUUUGGUUUGUUUCCUGGUUCUUCGUCAUAUCGGUUCUUCAACUCGCCUGGUCUCAACUUGGUAUUACUCUGGUUCGGAAUUAAUCUCUCUGUUUGAGUUUUGUAAUUUUGUUUUCACUACGCUUAAACCUCAUAGAGUCAAUUUUAUUAUAUUCUAGUAAAUCAUGAUGUAAGGAUCUCAAAGUCUUUGGCAUUUAAAGUUACCAAAACAGAAGAAAACUUUUGCAA